GAGAGUGAGAGUGAGCCGGCGUCCAGCUGGCCGCAGUGUGGCCGUGAGACGCGAGCGGUGAGGUGGUGAGAGUGAGCGGACGAGCGAGCGGGCCGCUGCAGUGAGAGCGAGCGCUAACGGGACCCGGCGGACAUUGCUAGACCGGACGACACACAUUUGCAAUGAUGACGCCGCGGAGGAUGACGUUGCUGACGGGCCUGCUGGCCGCGCUGCUGGCUGCCGGCUGCGGCUACCACAUGGGCGCGCCGGAGACGGCCUGCAGCUCCAUGGUGCCGGGUCACGGGUCGGCGCCACAGCAGACGGCCAUGCCGUACACCGUCAGCGUUUCUAACACCACCCUCCGACAGGGCAGGAGGUUGAUGGUCAACCUGAAGCGAGGCCAGCUGCUGCCCUUCAAGGGGUUCUUUGUUCAGGCUCGAAGGGUACGAGACCCGAAUCUGCCGGCGGUUGGACGCUUCUACACCAAGCAGCACGCCCUUGUUCGCUGUGGAUCCACUCUAGCCAGUUCGAUCACACACGCGGACGGCAAGCCGAAGGACGAGGUGACGCUACUCUGGGAGUCGCCGGACGACCUGGACGAGGACGUAGAGUUCCGCGUCACUAUGGUGCAGAACUUCCAGACGUUCUGGGUGGGCGGUCGCUCGGAGCCGGUUCGGGUCAGUGCCAGCGGCCGCGAGCCGCCGCAGCCGGCCGCCGCCGCCGCCGCCGCCGCCCCCGCCCCGGCCGCCACCACCGCCGCCCCAGAACCGGAGGAAGACGAGGAGCACGACAUGACCGAUAUUCUGGUCGGGUCUCGGCGAAAACGGCCUGGACGGACCACCACAGAGGCACCCUGCACAGAGAACUGCGAGCAGCCCACCACCUCAGCCGCCCUGUCCAGUCGGAGCGGCAUCGGCUCCGUGUUCGACGACUGCCUGCUCAGCAAGGGCUGCUUCGCGCGCACUGCCGGCUGCAUUCAGGAGCGCAACUGCGAUCUGAUGGUGACGUACCGGCGACUGCGCAGCGGCCAGUUCCGAAUGCAGCUGUUCGGACGCUACCAGCCGGGACGGUACCUGGCCGUGGGACUGUCCGACGAUAGAGCAAUGGGAGAUGAUGCUGUUAUUUAUUGCGCCAGUACGAACGACGGACGGUUCCAGAUUCUGCACGCCUACAACUUCGGACACGAGUCUUCCAUUCCCAUACGGGCCUCCUCAAAAGAGGGACCGCUGGUCAGUGACGUCACCAGCCAAUACCGGGACGGCCUGCUGAUCUGCGAGUUUACCCACUCGGCCCGCUUCACCAUCCGUGGCCAGGACUUUGACUUGGGCAAGGACGGCCUACACCUGAUGAUAGCCUCCGGAACCACCUCUGCGGACGUGGAGCGUCGGCCGCAGUACCACUUGGGCACCAAGCGAGUGACGGGCGCGCCCGUACCCCUCUCCUCGAGCGCGGGCGGCGCGCGGGUCUACGGCGCUGCUUCCGACUCGGGCACUCUGUACCGCGCCCACGGGGCACUCAUGAUAGUCGCCUGGCUUGGCACCGCCAGCCUGGGCAUGAUGCUGGCGCGCUACUUCAAACAGACCUGGGUGGGCCGAAAGGUGGCCGGCCUGGACCUGUGGUUCGUGGCGCACCGUAACCUGAUGGUACUGACGGUGCUGUGCAGUCUGGCUGGCCUGGUGUGUAUUCUGGUUCAACUGGAGGGCUGGACAAGUACACCGACCAGUGUGAACCCGCAUCCACUGUUGGGAAUCAUCUGCAUCGCGUUGGCGUUCGUCCAGCCGUUCAUGGCACUAUUCCGGUGUGCCCCGACGGCCUCCCGUCGGCCCGUCUUCAACUGGCUCCACUGGCUAGUGGGUUCGGCCGCCCAUCUGCUCGGCAUCAUCACCAUCUUCCUGGCGGUGACGCUGCCGGCCGCCCAGCUGCCCUUCUGGACGUACUGGGUGCUGGCCGCCUUCGUGGUGAUGCACGUGGUAACCCACCUGGUGCUCUCGACGCAGCAGUGCGCGGCGGACCGAGCCGCCCGUCAGAAGAACACCUCUGAGGCCUACAGCAUGCGAGACAUGGGCGCUAACGGCGUCAAAGGAGGCCCUUCCGGCGCGCAAGGAGACGCUCAGGGCUCGACGCUCCGCCGGCUGGUGCUGGCCGUCUACACGCUGGCCACGCUGACAGUGGUGAUUCUACUGGUGGUGAUGGUGACACUGGCUCCGGCCGACGCCUGGGGGCAGAGCUAGACGCGGCACCACAUCCAGCGCGUCCUGAGGGCAGCUGAGAAAGAAGAGAGGUUUGGAGAGAUAGGCCAAAGACAAGAUGGACGGGGAAGGUGUACAAACCAUCCGCUGCCGUAAGAGAGAGAGUAUAACGCGGGUGCGAGACAAUUUUACACCAGUCAGCAGGGUAGGCGGUGUGGAUGAGUUUUUAAGGAUUUUAGGCCGUAUUUCAGAGUUCUGCGAUGUUAUGUAGAAUGUCGGACCAUGAGAGACCAGCUGCCGGAGGACUGCCGAGCUUUGUGAGUCCGCUGUGACGUGUCUUGAUCGCGGAUAGGGCGUCAAUUUGCGGUGUUCUGAACGGUCUCAUCAGGUGUGAGCGUUUCCAAUGUGAGAGCAGUGAGUCGGAGUGUUGCGAGUUAGAGUGCUAGGAUUUGGCGCCGAAAUGUAGCAAGUUUUAUACGGAGAGCGCCGGAGUGCGGGAGACGGCGAGAGCUUCCCGCGCCGCGAGGAAAGAGGCCGGGCAGGCUGCGCCGCUCCCGAGCUGGCAUUGAAGUAUUGUUCUGUAACGAGUGUGUCGCGGAUGAAUACAGUAUCGAGAGCUUU